AGCGAGAGUUUAGAGAGUAGAGACGGAUUCCUGGCGGUCCGAGGCUGUCUAGAUAGGCAGCUCUCUGUGUUUGAGACGCGGCCGUGGUGUCUUUUGGCAGAGGCAGAGGCUUUUGGGGACUUACCGGAAACCAAAUGUUUUUUUUUUUUCAAGCCUCAAACUUUGUAACUAACUGCAGAAAGUCGAAAGAGGAAAAGAGCAGCAGAGUCCCGUUACAUUUCAGCCUCACACACAGUUCCUUGUUUUUCAUCGUCAUGUUGGAUGUGAGAAAGUUGAGACGAAGACAGAUCAACAGUUUGAACCCCAGAUAAAGUCCUGCGUCGAGCGUUUUCUUUUGCGCAUAACGGGAUCUUUGUUUUUAUAUCAUGGAAGAUGGUGUGAAAGAGGAGCCAGCCAAGCCCAAAGAGGUGACGAGUGCUGAGAAAGCUGGCUGGUUGAAGAAGUCUUCAGGGAAGUUCUUGAGCAGCUACAAGGACCGAUACAUUCAGCUGGAACGAACAGUGAUUGCGGUCUAUGAGAAUGAGGAAUUGACAACAUGCCUGGAGAAACUGGACUUGGACAACUACCACACUUGCCACGAGUUAAAGAGUCCUUUCAAGAAGAAACACAGACUGGUACUAAUACGAAGCCCCAAGUGUGGUAACAAGGUCCAAGAUGUCAAACUUCAGGCACAAACUCCUGAAGAGAAAGAAGCCUGGAUCAAGGCACUCAGUGAAGGAAUCGACAAGGCAAAGAACAAAAUUUUUGAUGAGGUAAAAGUUGAUGAAAGCUGCUCUUUAGAUCAUGUCACUCGGAACCGACCGAAGGGGAACCGUGGAAGAAGGCCGCCAACAAGGAUACACAUGAAGGAGGUUGCAAAUGUUUCAAGUGACGGAAUAUUAAGAUUGGACCUUGAUGGUGAAGUUAUCGUGCUGAAUGGAACACAAGGCAUGAACCCGGCAAAGGAUAAACAAACCGAAACUUCUAAACCAUCUGAGGUGAUGAACAACAUCCCAGAGGAGGACACUGAUGAGGAUUCCACAUCCCAAAAGAAAGUUAUAAAGCCGCCCAUGCCGCCAUCAAAAGACAACAAACCCAUUGAAACUCAUAAAGAGGAUGAGCCCAAAAAUGAGGAACCUGCAGCUCAAAAGAAGACAAUGCCACCGAUGCCUCCAUCAAAAGAGUUGAAGCCUUGCAUCUCUGUUGAAGGGACUGCUGUUGAGAAGAAUACCUUGGAUAGUAAAGUGGAGGAUUCUUCCGAACCAACCCCUUCCACCAAGAGCAUCCAGCCCCCUACUCCUCCUUCCAAAAAUAUGAAGCCUACCCAACCAGUAACACCAGCCACAAUCACAAUAGAGGAAAACGAGAAAAAUAAGGUGGUUGACGGAGAAGGUACCAAGGCAGACGGAGCAUCAAAUGAGAAAGAAGACCUGGAUAAGUUAGAAGUAGAGACCUUUGUUCUCUCCACAAAGGUCAUGAAACCACAAGUGGUGAUGUGGGAUUCACCCAUUAAACCAUCAAAAGAACCGAGUGCUGAGCAAGAAGUGCAAAACUCAAAGAAAACCUCUGAUACCAUUGGAGAAGUGGCAACCUCACAAGAACAUCCCCAACUUAAUCUUACUCCACUUUCAACCCCUGAAUCUGUAAAAAAGAGCCCCGGGCCCCCUGCUCCACCCAAGAAGAACACAAUUAAGUCACCUGCCAAGAAAGAGGACACUUCCACACAAAGUGACCCAAUGGUCAUCACCACUUCAUCUUCUAAAACAGUUGACGUUAAAUUGACGAUUCCUGAACCCAAAACUGAGCCAGCUGGUGAUGUGUCAAGUGAAGAUUUGGAGGAGAAGUCUUUAGACAGUGGCCAGCACUCAGGAGACGAGUCUGAGACUGGUGACCAAGUCACGCCAUCUUCCACAAAGCUCAAAGGAAGCUCCCAGGGACUAGAUUUGGAAACCAGCGAGGAUGAUCUAGAACCAUCCAACAGCAAAGCUGAGAGUUUGGAGGAGCCGUCGCUAGAAACCCCGUCCACCACCUCAAAGACCUCAGUUCUCAGUGCACAUCCAAUCCCAAGCCAAUGUGCCAACACGUCCCUGGACCUCACCAUGCCUCUCAAGCUUUCCUCCAAUGCUCGCUCCGCAUCCCUAGGUGACCUCCUUGUGGAGAAUGCAGAGAAGAUGGAAAGCAAUGGAAGGAUGUUACCAAUUAAACCAGAUGGAAGUGAAGUAAUGGACUUGCAAAGCAAAGUGUCGUCUGAGAUCAAAGAGACUGGAGAGCUACUGAACGCAAUCGCGACUGCACAGAGUGGUGAGACUGAAAUGAAGGGGGACUCGAGUCCACAAUUCUUGCUCUCUGCUGCAAUGGAGAAGCUCAGGAAAGCUGACCAGUUCUUGAAGGAAGCCACAAAUCUUAAAGAUCUUAAUAAAAAAAAUAGAUUAAGCUUGUAAUGGUAAGUGUUGGUGGAAGGAACCUGUAGGGAUUAUCUACAGUAUGCUGAAAAUGCAGUUUCACAGUAUGCAAAUGAUCAAAUACAAUUCUUAUACCCAACCAUUUUCAAAUCUCUGACCGACUUUUUAAACCCUGCAUGGCUAAGAUGCCUUAAGGCACGGGUAUACUGCUUUCCACGUUCCACUUUGUCUUGUCCACACAGCUUUCAAAGUAUACUCAACAGCGGAUGAUUUGAACACAUGCGCAGUGCCACCUAUGGGCUCGUUCUGUCUCAGCAUUUACAUGCCCACACUGUUGUAUCUGGACAAAAAAAUUGGUGUGCACAGGUGUCCACGAACACUUCUGAUGACUAAAAUUGUGUCACGUGGACAGUCUUGCAGAACGUGGAUGGCCAAAGUAUACUUUAGGCUUUAAGGUUUUACUAAUGUAGCUGUAUAGCGUCUGCAGCAGGGUUCCUCAAAUCUGGCCCUUGAGGGCCACUGCCUUGCAGAGUUUGGUUCAAACCUUGAUCAAGUGAUUCUGAAGAUCUCAACGAGCUUGUGUGUUCAAUUGACCCUUGACAGGCAAUCUGACCAAUCAUGACAGCGAAUCUGCCAUUUUUGUCUGACAAACAAACCAGUCAGGAGAGUCGAUUAACGUCUGCGAAUUUAGUUUUUUUUUUUUUUUAAUUGAGUGCACUGACAUCUUUACAUGGUUGAAACAAAAUGCCUUCUGAUGUUCAUUCAUGUUUAUUUCUAUUAAGAAUAGAAGAGAUGCCACUUUAACUGAGGCGUUACAGCGAUCUGUCACGACACAUUAAAAUGCCACAAAAUGGUAUUGUUUAAAUUCCUUUAAAAAAGACAGAAUUUUAAAGCUGAGACUUUGUUUUAUACCCAAAGUAACCUGCUCCGUCUUGUCUGGCAUGUUGUCAGUUUCCGCUUUGCUCCACAAUGUCCUCCUGAAGUUCUUAUUUAGGUGGUUUUAGGUGUGUUUGAUCAGGGUUGAAACUGAAAUUUCCAGGAAGAAAGAUCUCAAGGAACAGGACUGGGCAACCCUGCUUUAGAAUCAGGUGCCUUGUCCUAACACCCACACUUGCUGUCUUGGUCACUUUAGAGCAUGUGUACACGACAGGAACUAAGUGCGCAAGUCCAGAUCUUAACAGCGCUAAAGUGCAGUGCUUUUAACACACACUAAAUCCACACUAUCUCUUAGUGUAUCCCAUCAUGCAUCAUGUUGUGGAAAUAAAUCGCAAGACUUCUUGCAGAGAUUGCGAUUAAAGUGUGUCCUAUAAGGUAAUGAAAAGUUAUACACGCACUUGUGGUCUUCAUCCUCACUUGAACACUUGGGCAAAAUACAGGAAAUAUAUUAUGUCAUAUAAGUAGUCAAGUGAUCAAGUGCAAAGACCGCAAGUUUGGGUACUUUGGCAAGGCAAGGGGUUUCUCAAAAAGCCCUAAUCAAACACACCUGAACAGUCUGAUCAUGUUCUUUAGGAUUACUAGACAUUACAGGCAGGUGAGUAUGAUCAAGGUUGGAGCUAAACUCUGCAAGAAAGUGGACCUUGAGGAGCUCUGCUCUAGAUGAUGACACUGUACGCCUGCGUGUAGUUGGUAGGAAGACCACCCAUUUUCUCUCCAAACCGAGAUAAGUUUGUACAUGCUAUGUUUUAUUUUGUUGAGUAACAUGCAAAAUUUGCUAGCCAGUUAAUAUACCCGCUGUUAUGUCAUGUAAUGUGGUUUUAGCUUACUGUGUUUCUUAUUCCAUAGGUUUAAUUAUAUAUGCCACUUUCUUAGUUAGAUUAAACCCCCAUAAAUUACAUCUGCACAUAACCACUUUUUGGAUAAGUUAACGUUUUACACUUUUAGCACAUUUGUUAAAGGGGGAAAUGUUGUAUGUUGAAUUUUUGCACUGCAACUUCUGUGUAGAAAGAAGGGGUUGAAAAUUAAGAGUUGAGUGACAUCACACACGUACACAAUCUCUAAGUAGCUCUUAAGUAGCUACCAAGCAGAUAGAUACCAGAGUUCUUUUAAAAUAUGUUUUUCUCACCAAUUUUCCAAAGCCAUUUUGCUAACUUCGGCCAAACUGAAUUGGACCACUGGCUCCUUAAACCACACAAUCUCUUUUCAAAACUCUGGCCCUUCAAAGCCAUCUUAGCCGACCUGAAUAUGCAAGAUAAUUCACAGGGAGAUUUUCCUGUUUGGCCCCCAUUCAAUAUCUUUAAAGACACCUUUUACAGUAAUAUAUUUCAGGUAAAAUAAAAAUAAAAAACAUUUAAUUAAAGCACCUUAAACUUCUAAUAUAUGAAGGUUAAUGAUCACAGUUAACUAAAUAUGUAACAUAUGAAUAGCAUACCGAUACCGUGUCUGUUGUAUAAAGUGCAGUUAAGAGUUUAAAGUCAGUCUUUAGUUUUGUGCUAGCAUUCAGGUCUGAAUAAUUAAUGACUACCUAAUCUGAAAAAUAUCCACAGUUUAGAUUUUCAUAAAUGCACUACCGUUCAAACAUUUGGGUUUUGUACGUUUUUUUUAGUAGUUUUUUUUUUUAAGAAGUCUCUUAUGCUCACCAAGGCUGCAUUUAUUAUCAAAAUACAGUAAAAACAGUAAUACUGUGAAAUUGUAUUGUUAGAAAAAAAAGAAUGAAUUUUAAAAGUUGGAUUCAUAACUGUUUUUUGAUCUUAUCAAAUCACUGUUUGAAACCGUGCAGCUUAAUUUUUUGUUGUUGAAACCAUAAUACAUUUUAUUUUCAGGAUCCUUUGAUGAAUAGAAAGUUUAAAAGAACUUUGAAAUCUAAAUGUCUUUACUGUCACUUUUGAUCAAUUUAAUGCAUCCUUGCUGAAUGAAAGUAUUAAUUUCUUUAAAUAAAUCAAAACCUUUGAACAGUAGUUGAGUAACUUAGUUUGAACUGUGUUGAAGCUACUUCACCCAGUCGCCUUUAAUUUUUUGCCAUUCUCGUCUGAAAGUGUUCGCACACUGCAAAGAGCCACAUAAUCAUGGAAAGAGUAGUUAAUAGACUGUUUCUUGUGUUCUUUGCCAUACUGAUGCGGUGGGCACAGCGGUUCCCUAUUCACACAGUCUAUUAAUAAUCUACUGAUGCGAGUUUCAUGCUGCACUACCUUUAGUUCCCUUACGCAGUGAGAACUGGUUAGCGAAGGCUAUUAUGGGUAAAGGUUAAUGAGUCUGCAAAACCCAACUGUGUAGAGGGUAACAUCAAGGUAGUUUUACUUCAAUGCAUUCUAGACCUAACAGAAUCAAGAAUAUUCCCUUGAUGAAAAGUAGUUUUGUGGUACCUAUUUUAUUAUUAUUUUUAAAAGAUAUGAUCUUACAUGUGAAUAGUCCUUGAUAUAAAGUACAUAGUCUUUGAUAAUGAGAUUAAUUUUAGCUCUUUGUCCUUUGCGCAGUACAUUUAGUGUUUAAUUUCCUAAUUUCCCUCUGAAGUUUAGAUUUGUAUCAUCGCUCAUAUUUUAGAUUUUGAACUAUAGCUCAGUGAAUAUUUGAACAUUAUGCUGUAAAUAACAUGGCCACCAGGGAAAUGCUUAAUAUUUAAGUUAUUAAUGUUCUGACAUUCAUGUGUAUUAUCGGUCUAAAACAAAGCUAAAGAACAAAAUUUAGAAUGACUGUUUACUGUUAAAUGUUUACUGUUGAAGUUUGAAGAGGCUGAUGAUUUUAUUACAGUAUCUAUGUGUUAAUUGCAUUUACUAACUGGACUAAUUUGUUUUCUUUAUCUAAAUGCAUAUUAAAUGUGCAAAAAUGGGAAAUAAUUGCUUUGCAAAACAUGUCUUAAUAAAGACAAUGUGUCUUAUUUACUGUU